AUGCUUCGAACCAUCCCCGUCAUCCUCCCCACGCCCCACUGCCCAGUCCCCUACACAGCCGGUGAGGCCACGGCCUCCUUCUCCUCUUCUCCUCCCUCCCUGUUGCACGCCGCCGACCCACGUCCGAGCUCCCCGUUGCCGUCGCCCGCCUUGCCGCAGCACGGACCGCGCUCCAAGGCCCCUGCCUCCGCCCUCCCGUUCCCGCUCGCGCCCGCGGACCCCUCCCCCUUUGCACGCUGCUACCCCUCGCCUCGAAGCGCCGGGCCGCGCCCGCGCGCGCUCACCGCAACCGCCGCCCUUGCUCCCCGCGCUGAAACCGCCGCUGCUGGCCGCCAUGGAUCCCGCCCGCCUCCGCUCACCCCGCGUGCGCCCACCUGCGCCUGCGCGAGCCCCGCCGCCCCGAUGCGUGCUCGCCGCCCUUCCACGGUCGUCCGCGGCCACCUCCAACCGCGUCCGGCCUCGGCAACCGCCACGCCCCGCCUCGCUGCGCCUCGCCCCUGUCGCUGCCAAGUGAGGCCGCCGUCGCCUCGGGCCCCUGCUCCCCAUGCCCGACCUCCCUCCUCGGCGUCCAUCGCACCGCUCCGGCCUCCCCGCGCGGCUCUGCCCCCAGCUUCGGCGCCGUCCUCGCCCGGCCGCGCCACCGCUCGCUGCUCGCGGCCCCCCGCCUGA